AUGAAUACUGCCCAAAAAUACCCAACGUUAUUAUCAUUGUUUCCUCUCAACCUUCGUCAGAAACGGCAAAAGAAGGAUAAAAAAUUGUUGAAACGUUACGGCGGCAGCGGCAGUGAAAGAAGAAGAAAAGGGGACGCUCAAUACAUCCCCCUGCGAAGCCACCGACAAUACCGAAGGGGGACUGCAAAAGCUGAUAAGUCCCCCCAUACCUGUAAGAACGAUGGAGGAAUGGAGAGAGGGAAAGCGGAGAAGAUACCGUUCCUCCCCGCCCCGCUGGAAGACGGAAAGCAGAUGCUUCCCUUCGAUUCAUCUUCGAGAGAUAAUCGAUGGGAGGCCAUACUACCAAGAGUAGACAAACAGGGUCUACUAGUGCUGUUAGGCGCUGGUCCCCCCUCUUUCUCAGCCUUUCUGGCAUGA